AUGCCAGCAACUCUUUCAAGGAACCCUCGCAACUCUGGAAUUCCAUCAGAAAACAGACAUGGCUCAAAGGGAAUGGUUUGCAGUCUGCAACGAUCCAGAGGGUCUUCGAGAAAAGCAUCCAGACACAGCCGUUUCUUAGGAGUGGAGACCUUGGAUGAGCUAGUCUGGGAGGGCUGGGAGCUUGGAAGAGAAUAUACCAAGACACUUGUUCUAAAAAAUGUUAAUGAAAAACUAAAGAAGCUCAGUUUCAGGCCUCCUGUGUCCACAGUGUUUACCAUACCUCUAUUUCUUCAGACCAUCAUUCUUAGUCCUGGAACUUCUUUUUCCAUGCCAAUCACUUUCCAUCCCCAUCAGAAGUGUGAGCAUGAGGACAGUAUUGAGUUCAAGUGUAAGGAUGGAACAUUUCUAGUGAAACUGCGUGCAGUGAUGCUACACCAUGCAUUGGAGCUUCCUGAUUCGGUGCAGCUUCCACCCUGUGCCGUCCAACACAGCACAAGCACCAGCUUCCUCUUAUGCAAUGCCAGUAAGCUGCAGACCUGUUUCCAGUGGGUGGUGGAGCCACCAUUUGAGCUCUCUCCACUGAGUGGGGUUUUGGAGCCAGGCAUGCAUUGCAGGGUCUCUGUAACUUUCAAACCUCAGCAAGCGUUGGUAUACCAGACUGAGGCCUCAUGUACAUUCGGGAAGGAGGGAGAGAACAACUGCACAGUAUUGCUUAAAGGAGUUUCCAAGUACCCCCACAUACAGAUCAGUUCCCCUGGCCCGGAAGAAGAUGGAAAGCUGCUUGAAUUUGGCAGUGUAGCAAUUGGAAGCUGUUUGGAAAAACACUUUGAGAUCUACAAUCCUACUUCAGUGUUAAUUUCUUUUUCUCUGACUCGUAUGAAAAAGCCAGCCCAUAUGGAGUCUGUGUUCGAGUGUGAUGUACAGGGAGGGCAACUGGCUCCAUGUGCAACAUUGCGAGUGCCUGUCCGAUUCACCCCACUUACUGUGGACAACAUCAGUGUGGACUACUUCCGCCUCAGCUGUCCUGGGGGGGUCAGGACAGAUAUGCUCAAAGUCUCUGGCUCAUGCAUAGGUCCAGAAGUUACUUUAAGCUCCUCUUUGGUUGAUUUUGGUUGUGUGGAAGAGGGAGCAGAAGCUGUUCGUAUUAUUCGUAUCAUAAACUCGUCUACUGUCCAGGCUCAUUACCAGUUUGACAUCGACCGUGGCAACCAUAGUGUGUUCACACUUGAAAAGCCAGUUGGCACUCUGCCAGCCAAGGAGAGCCUCACUCUGCAUUUUAUUUUCCGCCCAUAUCAUCCUAUUGCCUAUCACAAGAGAGCCGUGUGCCUUAUACUUCACAGGGAGCCGCUUUUGUUGGACUUGAUUGGCACCUGUCACUCAGAACAGCUUAAGCCACACAUCUUACAACCCAGACAUCUCCGUGUGUACAGACAAAACUUGCUCCGUGGUCUAACCUGCUACCCUCCUGAUAUACUGAGUGCUAUGCUUUCUGAUCAUAAACUGCAACUGGAUGAAAGUGGGGCAUUAUUAUUUCAAAAGGACUCAUCAGAAGACAUGACUUUGUCCAGGUCUCCUCUGUCCCCGAGGAGUGUGAUGGAAGAAUAUUUCCACAUGAACUCAGCAGAUAAGGCAAGAGAACAUCCUAAUGAGACUGGAGAUCCUGAAUGUUUCCCCCUGCCCCAUGUCACAGUGGAGCCCUCUGAACUGCUCUUUUACUCAGGGCCAAAAUCUAAAUCGGUCACCAUCACCAACCACACCAAAGGCAAUCUCAGACUGCUGUGGACUCCUGCUGCUGAGUCGCCAUUCUCCAUCACUCCUCUCACGUGUGACCUGAGCCCUUUAAAGUCCACUGCGUUCAUAGUAACAUAUACACCAAAACAGCACAAUGCCUUUCAGGCAGCACAGCUCGAGUGUUUCGGGCUUUACAAGAUUAUGCGGGACUAUCGGCAGACAGAGGACCGAACUCUGUGCCCUCCCUGGUGUCUCACAGUUAGGGUGACUGCUCACUCAUUUCAGCCUCGAAAUGAGCACUUCAUCCCUUACUUCUCUCUGCAGACGAAUCAAGUGAUGUUUCCAGCUUUAAAUCAGGUCUCCUACAGGAGUCUUCUCCUGCAGAACACAGGAGAUCUUCCUCUUAUCUUUAAAUUGAACACAAAAGACUGUCCUGAUGUAUUUGUGCUGCCUUCUAGUGGCUUGGUACCACCAGGCAGCCACCAGAUCCUCAUUCUCAAAUCUACUCCUAUUGAAGAAAACCCUGACAGUUUGCCCAUGACACUGCAGCUCAAUGCCAGCCCCAAACAUAGACAGGAACUAAGGGUGGUGUGUGUGGCAGAGAGGCCGCGCAUCACACUGGAGGGUGAUGGGAACUUGUUUUUCAUCCCCACCGGAGUGGGCUCUUGCUCCAAGGCAACUCUGAGCAUUAGGAACUUUAGCAGAGUUCCGUUACAUUUUCACUGGAGGUUUUCUGGCUCCGAUCGCAGGGUUCUCUCUGUACAACCAGACUCAGGUAUACUCCAGCCCAAUGAAUCCCAGGUUCAGACUUGGUCCUUCAGCCCUCUGGAGGAGAUGGUGUACAACAUGAAGCCAAGUCUAAUUUUCUGGCCCAUUCAGAAACCAGAGUAUAAAAGGUCGAAACUCUCUCUUAAAGUUGUGGGAUUGUCUGCCAAAGGUUCCAUAGAGGCUGGUCACUCAUUUCUGGAUCUGGGUGAGAUGUUGGUUGGAGGUUGUAAGUCAUUUGACAUUCCUCUGCUUAACACCAGUCCAUGUGCUGUUAGCUUUUCACUGACUGUGCAGCAGAGCAUUAGUGCUCCAGGCAUUCCUGAGGACUCACUUAAAGACCCUCUUGUUCUUGACAUGGAAAAUAUGAAGGGCAUCAUUCCAGCUCGGUGUCAGCUGCUAAUUCACUCCACUGUGAGACCUAUUCGCAGGGCACGAUAUCGCUGGACCAUCGGCUAUAACAUCCUUAAUGCUGCUGGGUUGGUGGAGGGGGAGUCCAGCUCUCUGUGCCAAGUUGAAGUCGAAGUGGUUUAUCCCACACUGCAGGUGACGGAUGCCCGUGGCAGUGGCAGCAUGGAGGGUUUAAGUAAGCUGUAUCUGUGGGACCUCUUCUGUCUUGACACACUGAAAUCUUACUUUCUCAGUGAGCCAGCUCCCCCUGAGCUUAUUUACAGAGUGCCCACAAGACACAGUUUUCACCGCUGUCCACCUGUUUUGACCUCAGCCAUAUUGGACUUUAACUUUAGUGCUGCUCCCCUGAAUGCAGACCCCUCCAAUGUCCUGCUCAUGUUUAUGAACCCUGGGAAUAUCCUUGUAGAAUGGUCUUUUCUGUUCCCGGAGGAUCAGCAGAUUGAGCUGGAGUGCUGGGCUGACACAGAAGAGUUAAGCCCCAAUGAGAUCCUUCAGAUGAAGGUGCAGGAAAACAGGAUGUUUUCUGUGUCCCCACGCUCUGACAAACUGCAACCCGGUCAGCAGAGGGCAGUGCAGCUCACAUACAAACAUGACUUUGUUGGGAUGCAUCGGCUUCCUGUCCUGCUGAAGCUCUCUCACGGUAGAGAGAUUCUGCUGAAUUUUAUAGGUGUUACAGUGGAAAAGGACAGACACUACCUUCACUUUCCUUCUACUCGACAUGUUUUUGCUCCUGUGGCUAUUGGAGGGUUUCAUCCUCCCAUACAGGUGUAUGAGUUGUAUAAUGGAGGAGCUCAGCCAGUGAGGUACCGUGUGGACACUCUGCCACUGCAGGAACUACAGGAGGAGAACUUUAGUCAUCCUGUUCUGCAGUGCCUGAACCCUGAAGGAGAUGUGCAGCCUGGAUGCACUGCCUCCUUGAGGUGGAUCUUCUCUCCUCUGGAGGCUAAAACAUAUAGCGUGGAUAUUCCUAUAUACAUGCUAGAGGGAGAAAGUGUCGCGGUGACAUUUGAGGGCUGCGGCUUUGACAAGAUAGACUCUGUGCCCCUUCAACUUCAUGAUGGACAUCUUGCUGUGCCUUGCAUUCAGAAAGUGUCCAUACCUGGACAGGUGGUGUUCCUGUCAGAGGAGCGAGUGUCUUUUGGUGACAUUCCAGUCAGCUCUCGAAACACACGUAUCUUGUUUUUGUCAAACGUCUCUCGAACUGACCGAGUCUUCUACUCAUGGAAACUGAAAGAGCAAACUGGCAAACAGGCAGUGCAGAUUCAUCCUGAUAGUGGAUCUUUGGCUGCAGAGGAGAGUGUUCUCUGCAUCCUCACUAUUUACACCUCAAACAACCCCACAUUCUAUCAGCAAGAUCUCAUCUGUGAAGUCACUGCAGAAUCAUCUUUAGCUUGUUACCAGAUGGACCUACAGCAAUGGAAGGAGGAAAAAGAAAGAGAAAAACAUGAAUUCACCAUAACAGAAAAAGACCUGAUUCAGACAAACUCUCGGAAAAAAAACACCCAGCGAGGAACAGCAGCCCAAAAGAAAUCCUCCACUGAAAACCGGAAAUUCAAGAUGCUGCCACCCAUCAGCAGUAACAGUGGCUCUGGACUGGGAGGGCCCAAUUCCAGGGCAGAAAACAAAGCUCAGGGGGAUGUUCGGGUUAGACAACCACAGCCACCUCGCCCAAAACUGCUCCACCUGGGAGUCACAGCACGUUCACACUCGCUGCUAGAGUACCAGGCACAAUUCUCUUCUCAGUUUAGCAAGCAUUACAUCUACAGAUCUGCACCAUCGAAGCUUCCUCAGCCUGAAUCAGUUGACAGUAAGCUAUUUUCAGCAAACAUGCCUUAUCUCACCCACGGCCCAGAGAGAGACAUUCUCACAAACACCCUCACCUCUUUGCUCAGAAGUCUCUUGGAUGACACUGAGUUCCACCAGGAGCUGCAGAACACUUUGAACGAGCCAGCGCCCUACUUCACCCAGCUUCGGCCUGUUUCUUCUGUUCUGCCCAUGACUUCCACUGAGACACCUUGUGCAAAAGACACAAUUUGUUUAACUAACUCGAGACUAUCUACAAAUCACAUGAAGAGCACAGACACUGUGGCACACACUCAUACACAGUCUGAGGUUGAACCACAGCUAUGUCAUGAGCUGAACCCCAAGCUCAGGGAACAGGUGCAGGAAUCCAUUCGCAGGAGUACAGAAUUUGGUGAUCUAAUGGAGGAGAUUUUACUCAAUACUUUGAAAAACCUAAUGACAGAAGCUUUUCUGGGGGAGCUGGUUCUUACGGCACGGCCACGUAUCAUUACAUUACCACCAGGCUCAGCCAGAAGAAACUCCAAGAAACUCUAGGGAGACCAUCUGGUGUGUGAGAGAAGUACAGAUCAGCAACACACCCUGAUGAUUGAUCCAUACAUGCCCAGCAUAGCUCUACUUCCAAAGAUGGAGUCUCAGCACUACUGAUUCCUUUUCAGUCAAUUCACUUGUAUUUCUACAUACAACAUGUAUCGUAUAGAAUAUCCCUCUUGUGUCCUGGUAGAAGACAUCUUUAUUCACACCAUAAAGGCAUGCAGCCAUUUGUCCCCUCAGUUAGUACACUCUUCAACAAGCCAGGAACACCUUAUUCUACAGUUUGCUAGCUGCUGCUAGCAAACUCUACAGCAUGCAUGGUUUAUCGGAAGAUGAGCAGAAGUCUUCUAGAUUCUCAAUUUUUUUUUUACCUCCUGGACCAAUGACAGUUAAAAACUCUCUGUUCUUUGACUUCAUCUUGGAGUUAACUUAGUCAUGGGGCAA